CUCGCUGCUGUUUACUUUACAGAACCAAAAUGCCUAAGGACAAGGAUCUGAAGCACAAAUCCAAGAAACUCAAGAGUGAAGAGUCCUCAAAGCGCAAAGCUGACUCGGAUGAUGAUGAUACAAGUGAUACAUCGGUGGAGGAUGAACCGGUGCAGAAGUCCUCAUCCGGGGACCACAAGACCAACGAGCAGGGGGAGCCGUUCCUGAGUAUAGAUAAGAACCGAAGGGUCACCAUCAGAGAGUUCAAGGGCAAGACCUACAUUGACAUCCGUGAGUUCUACGAGAAGGACGGAAAGCUCUUGCCAGGAAAGAAGGGCAUUUCCCUGUCUGUUUCCCAGUACAACAACUUGAAGUCUGCUAUGACCACUAUCGAUAAAUUGCUGUAGAUCUGCAUUGAGAAGUUCUUGGGUGUAUUGGUGUGUUCUGCAUAUGGAAGUGUCAUGUGAUGUAUGUUAAUUAUAAAUGGAAAAACAAGAGGCAGUUCAUGCCAACUUUUGCAUGGUAGUCAUGAUUUUGUUUUUACCAAAUAUCAGUCUCAAAGUAACAGUACCAUUCCAAAUUACUGAUAGUGGGAGGAAAGAUGUUCCUUUUUGUAGCUAUGAAGAUAAAUGUUGAAGCCUUUUUUUAUGCAAUUUAUUUUAUGAAAUGCUUGAAUUUUUUAAGAAGAUGAGAUUCAUUUUGUUAGAAAGCAUUAUAAUAAAAAAAGUGUUUUG